AUGCCAAGUUGUUUUGUGUGUGGUCGAUCGAGUAAUUCCAAAAACAAAGAUCUUGGAAUAAGUUUCCAUCAAAUUCCAAAGAAUGAGAAUCAUCGAGCUCAAUGGUUGGAUUGUAUUAAAAAAUGUGGUGUUGACCAUUUAAAAACUAAACCUAAGAGCAUUAUUUGCUCUGAACAUUUCACCAUGGGUUGUUUUAAAAACUAUAAUCGUACAAAAUUAUUAAAUGAAACCGCUGUUCCAUCCAUUGUAGUUAAUCGUGUAAAAUCAGCAAAAAUUGAAAUUCCUGAGGUGAGUUGUAAACUUGGUAGCAGUAACUCAAAUCCUUGUUCUGUUAAAUCAAUAAUUGUUGACCAUGAUGGUAUUCAAAUGGAAGGUGUUCAACCAAUUGAUACAUUAAGUGUUCAGCAACCUUCAUGCUCCUCAAAUGCCAUUUUUACUGACUGUAGCCAGUUGACAUGUGAACCAUCAAAAUCAUUUUUAAAGAAGCCCCUUACUCAAAAAGUAAAUUCUAGACUUUUGAAUGCUGAAGUUGUGAAAGAAAUUAACAAUGAUACGCCAAGAAAAAAUUAUUUAAAAAGAACAAUAUCUUCUUUAAUGCAAGAAAACAACAGUCAGAAGAAAAAAAUCAAGAUUCUAAAUCAACAAAUAAGACGUCAAAAAAAAACAAAUUUCCUCAUUAAAAAGUAUUUAGAUAUUUAG